AGACUGUUCCCUGCUUUGGUAGGAUUAUCUAGGCUUGCACAAACCUCUCCUCUACAUGCAGCAUGGAUGUCUCUCUACUCCUCAAUGUGGAGGGUGUCAAAAAAACCAUUCUGCAUGGGGGAACGGGAGAACUCCCCAACUUCAUCACUGGCUCCAGAGUGACCUUUCAUUUCCGAACAAUGAAAUGCGAUGAUGAACGCACGGUGAUCGAUGACAGCAAGCAGGUGGGCCAGCCCAUGAACAUCAUCAUUGGGAACAUGUUCAAGCUGGAGGUGUGGGAGACGCUGCUGACCUCCAUGCGGCUCGGCGAAGUGGCUGAGUUCUGGUGUGACACCAUCCACACAGGGGUCUACCCUAUGUUGUCCCGCAGUCUGCGGCAGGUGGCCGAGGGCAAGGACCCCACAAGCUGGCAUGUGCACACGUGCGGGCUGGCCAACAUGUUUGCAUACCACACGCUGGGUUAUGAGGACCUGGAUGAGCUGCAGAAGGAACCACAGCCCCUUGUCUUCCUGAUUGAGCUGCUGCAGGUGGAGGCCCCAAACGAGUACCAGAGGGAGACAUGGAACCUGAAUAAUGAGGAGAGGAUGCAGGCUGUGCCUCUUCUUCAUGGAGAAGGUAACAGGCUCUACAAGCUGGGCCGCUAUGAUCAGGCCGCCACCAAGUACCAGGAGGCCAUUGUGUGCCUGAGGAACCUUCAAACCAAGGAGAAGCCCUGGGAGGUUGAGUGGCUGAAGCUGGAGAAGAUGAUCAACACCCUGAUCCUCAACUACUGCCAGUGCCUGCUGAAGAAGGAGGAGUACUAUGAGGUGCUGGAGCAUACCAGUGACAUUCUACGAUACCACCCAGGCUUGCAGAGGUGGCUUUGAACCAGCUUGAUCAAACUCCAAGCAGCUGGGAGAGGCGAAAACUCACCACACAAGGGAAAAAGAAGCUGAGGCUGGAGAAAGAAGCUGGAGUCUGGGAAAACAGGCACCACGGAAUGAAGAAAACCCAAGAAUAUUACUGCAACACCACCCCGUUGAAUGGCACUGUGGUAGAGCUGAGCCCUCAGUUAGAACUACAGUUUCUCUGGGAAGAGACAAGGGUUAGCAGGGAACUGUUUGGUCAGGACCAGGUGUCAACUGCCCAGAGUUUCCUGCCACCCCAGCAAGCCAAUCAUCUCCACCCUUUUCCAUUCCUUCCUCCAGGGGCAGAGGGGUGGCAAAGAAUCUGGGUUUUGGGGACAGAUGGGACGGUACUGCCUUGUCUAGUGCAUAACUUUAAUCUCUCCAAGCUGCAGUCCCCUCACCUGCAAGUCAGGAAUCACAGAAAUGCUUGACGGUGGUGGCCAUGAGAGCAGGAGCUUAUUAAUGGAGAUUAGCAGUUGGUACAAUACAAAGGGGUUCUCUGCUGCAGGUAAUGAACCCUCCGGUGCUGGAGGUAUGCAAGGCUUGACUUUUUGUGGUGCUUCAAGCCCUGAAUGGGGAGAGUGAGGACUAGUCUGGUCAGCCUGAAUUAAUCCCGUCAGUAGCAGAGGGGAGGUUUUGAUUUUGUUAAACAGAGUCUGGGAUUUUAUGUGUCAGCGUGCUGCCUGGCAAUUAAAAUCAGGAGAGUUUAAUCUGAAGAGAGUUCCAGCUCUGUUGUUUGCCCUUUUAAUCUUGUCUGUUACCAUGGGAACGGCAAGUGAUUGCAAUCACCACUGUUUGUAUUGUGAGCCUGCUCCCAUCAAUGUGGCUUUUGAAAAACAAGAAAUAAAAAUCUUGAC